AUGACUACAUCUCCACCCCCCGAGGCACCAACGCGCGCCCAACUGGACGAUCUGAUCGCCCGCGCCGCCGCCAAAGAUGCCUCCAAAGAUCACAACGCCGCAUCAGAGCUUUACUCGCAAGCCACCGAGCUCCAGGCCGCGCUCAAUGGCGAAUUGUCACCCGAGAACGCCGAUCUCCUCUACUCUUACGGUAAAUCGCUAUAUAAUGUCGCCGUCAGUAACAGUGACGUGCUCGGUUCCAAGGCAGCUGGCGAGCCUGCUCAAGGCCAAUCGAAGAGCGCGAAUACUUCCUCGGCCAAACCAGCACCCAAGGGCGAGGGAUUGAUCAAAGACGCGAUAUCAAAGUCCAAGCCCAGCGCCAAUACAGCGGAUGAGAAAACAAAGUCCGAGCCGGCGCAAUCGAAACCGCUUUUCCAGUUCUCUGGUGAUGAUAAUUUUGUCGACUCGGAUGAGGAGGAGGAAGAUGGAGAACAAGGAGAAGAGGAGGAGGAAGAUGAUGAUGAUUUCGCCAAUGCCUUUGAAGUCCUAGACCUGGCGCGCAUCCUUUAUCUCAAGAAACUGGAAGAAGCAGAGGAAAACGAUACUAGCAAAGGCAAAGGCAAAGCCACCUCCACCGACUUGCCAGAAGACCUAAAACACAUCAAGGAACGCCUCGCGGAUACAUAUGACCUCCAAGCGGAAAUUUCUUUGGAAGCCGAGCGAUUCUCUGAUGCGGUGACUGAUCUACGCACUGCACUUGAACUCCGCAAUGCCCUGGUCCCCUUCGAGGAUCCCUCCGUCGCGGAAUGCCAUUACAAAUUGUCUCUUGCGCUCGAGUUUGCCUCUGCGCAACAACCAGGUGAUGAAGAGGAAGAGCAGCAACCGAAGACAAUUGAUGAGGCUAUGCGCAAAGAAGCCGCGACGCAUAUGGAGCGUGCUAUUGAGAGCUGUAAGGUCCGUAUGAGACGGGAAGAGCAGGAGCUGGAAGCAGCCACAGAUAUGGAAGAGGACAAGGUCACUGCGGCGAAGCGGAAGAUUGCGAAUGUCAAAGAAAUUGUCGCUGAUAUGGAGCAAAGACUGAUUGACCUCCACCGAUCUCCCGUUUCACUUGAGCAAGAAGACCAAGGGAACGAAGCCAUGCUGAAGGGUAUCCUUGGCCAAAUCGUCGGCCAGUCCCCGACAGAUCAGAAAGCAAAGCUGGACGCUGUAAGCAAGGGUGCAACAGAUCUUUCCUCUCUGGUUCGUCGGAAACCUGCUGCUGCCCAACCCUCCCAACAGGGAUCGAAGCGUCCGGCUGUCGAUGAUGCUGAGACGGAAGAAGACUCCAAGCGCGCGCGGGUGGAUGACGCAUAA